AUGUCCGGCUACGACCGAGCUCUUUCAGUAUUCAGCCCCGAUGGGCACGUCUUCCAGGUCGAAUAUGCCAUGGAGGCCGUGAAGCGAGGAACUUGCGCCGUCGGUGUCAAAGGCAAGGAAAUCGUCGUCCUCGGCUGCGAGAAGCGCUCCGCCCUCAAGCUCCAAGAUACCCGUAUCACGCCCUCCAAGAUCGCCAACGUUGAUGAACACGUCUGCCUCGCCUUCGCUGGACUGAACGCCGAUGCCCGCAUCUUGAUCGACAAGGCCCGGUUAGAGGCCCAGUCACACCGUCUGACGGUCGAGGACCCCGUCACCAUCGAAUAUAUCACCAAAUACGUUGCCGGUGUGCAACAGCGUUAUACACAGAGUGGUGGUGUCCGUCCGUUCGGUAUUAGUACGCUCGUCGUCGGCUUUGACAAGAAUGACUCUACACCGCGCCUCUACCAGACUGAGCCCUCUGGUAUCUACUCCGCAUGGAAAGCCAAUGCCAUUGGCCGAUCCAGCAAGACCGUUCGCGAGUUCCUCGAGCGUAACCACCAGGACGACAUGGACCGUGAGCAGACGAUUCAGCUGACUAUCAAGUCAUUGCUCGAGGUGGUGCAGACCGGUGCGAAGAACAUCGAGGUGGCCAUCAUGGCCCCUGGCAAGCGCGUGGAGAUGCUGCCCGACGACCAAAUCGAGUCGUACGUUAAGAGCAUCGAGACCGAGAAGCAAGAGGAGGCGGCCAAGAAGAAGACCAGCCGGGGCGGUGCUGCCACGGCUGCUAUUCUGACCCGGCCUGGCGGUGGCGAGACGGCCGAAUAA